GGAAACGACAGAUAAUUUCAUUUGUAUUUGCAUUUGCAUUUGCAUUUUGCAGCAUCGACAAUGGAAUGCAUCGCAAGUUUGAUAGACAACGGGAGCGUUGAGAGCAGUCGCUACUUCCUGAGCCGUCGAACGGUGUUGGAAAUGCUCGCCGACAGAGGCUACGACGUCGUUCAGCACGCAAACCUCACCUCCUCGCUCAGCGACUUCCGUUCCCGCUUCGGCCAACAACCAAACCAUGAAGCCCUCGGUUUCUGCGUUUCGCAUCUCUCCAACCCCUCCAACACUGUCCAGGUCGCGUUUGCCGGAACCGAUGCUAUAAAAAUGGGAACCGUCAUGGAAAUAUGCAGCCGGAUUGUCGACAGUGGAAACUUGAAAUCGCUCAUAAUCAUUGUGCAGAGCAAAAUCACUUCCUUCGCACAGAAAAAAUUGAUGAACUUGGCAUACAAAGUUGAGAUUAUCAGGAUUGAAGAUUUGCUUAUCAACAUUACAAAGCAUGUUUUACAACCAAAGUAUGAGAUACUAACUGAUGAGGAGAAGAAAGCACUGCUCACCAAGCAUAACUUGGAAGAGAAGCAGCUGCCUUGCAUGUUAAAAACUGACGUUAUAGCUCGCUAUUAUGGGCUGGAGAAAGGACAAGUUGUCAAAAUCACUCAUAGUGGUCCAGUGGUUGAUUCUCACGUGACUUACCGUUGUGUUGCAUAGUACAUCUGUUUCCUAUGAUGUUUAAGGAAUGCUUGUUGGAGUUGAGGAGGAUCAAGAAUAAGUCUUGUGUAUGGUAGAUGAGGUUCAUGGAUAAAGAACAAAGUGAUUGAAGAUGAAGAUGAGUGUUUGAAGAUGAAGAAGACAAAGAACAAUAGCUUAAGUUUUUUUGAGAUGUAUUUGAUUCCGUGAAACUCGUAUUCAGUUCCAAAAAGAGGAGCCUGUAUUCGAUUCCCAUUUCUCUUAAUUCAAUUCCUCAAUGUUCAGAAUAGGUGUAUUCGAUUCUUUUCAAUUCCAUGGCACUUUGGCGUGGACAUUGGAUUUUGUAUUUGGUUCCCUUGGAGAAGUUUGGGUUGCAAGCGUCGUGGUGGAGGCGCCAUGAUCUUUGACGAAAUUGGAGGUUGAAAGAUUCCUGGUGCACACCCCCAUUAUAUGUGAGGAAGGUGGAGGAUGCCGCUUGGCUUGACCUUUCAGUGCUUGGUUCCAAGGUUGGUGGUGGAAGCAUUAACAAAAAAAAAACACUUAACAAAAAAGAAGAAAAGGAAUAGGCAAUUGAGCCUUGGAGAAAAAGAGCAGCAAUUGGAAGAGGCAACAACGACGUGGGAGAAAGAAGUGAUAACUAACAACAAAAGCCUAAUUACAUAAGGGAGUUACUCUCUCCACCACCACACAAUACUCCCUGCACCUCCUCAUUCUAUUUUUACCCUUCAAUAAACAGAUGUUAACAUUCGUUGUUGGACAAACGAAUCUCAACAAAUUUUGUUGGACAAACCGAUGUCAACGGAUGUCACCUUUCACAGUGUUCCCAUGGCCCAACUCUCCCUCGACAGUCUUCCCUCCCCCCUCACCUCAUCUCCCUCGAACUCUCCCACCACAACACCCAAAACGUUGCCCUUGAACUCCAAAGCAUCAUAGACUUCUUAAACUUCAGCAACCCCAAAACUCUCACUAAAAAUCUCACCACAAACAUCCCUACUUUCUUCUACUACACAUCCGCAACCUCUAGUCUCGUUGUGCUUUUUCAUUUCUCCACCACUCCACCACAAACAUCCCCACUUUCUUCUACUACCCAUGUUAAGCUCAUUUUCGACCUCAAGUCCUUUCAUUGCAAGACCUAGAAGAAGCAGUUGCAGGACCACAAACAUUCAACUUUUUUGUUCCCUUUUCCUUGUUUGGGGUUUUCUUGGAAAAAAAGGAAAAGAAGUAAUUAAGUAUAAUAUAAUUAAAGAAAAAAAAUGACAAGAAAUGAGAAGACGUGAAACGAAAAUGGGGGAAAAUCGAGAGAGAAGAAGUGAAACGGAAAUGAAAGAAGAAAAUAAAAUCCGUGAGAGAUGGGUAGGGUGUAACCGUCCCAGCAAAAAUAAAUAAAUAAAAGAAGGAUAAAAUUGAAAUUAAAAGAACUUGGGGAGGUGAAGGAAGCAUGAUGUGGGGGUGGAGGGAACAACACCCGUUACAUAAUGUUUGUAAAAUAAGUUCAAUAUUUGGUCUAAGCCCACUAAAAAAAUUAUUUAAUCUAACUUAAUGUACAAAACUCCUUUUACCCUAGAUUACUGCAUCCACUCACAGCUACAAUAAAAUUAAUGUACAAUUUUUUUUUAUAUUUUUAGAAUUAGUUUUUA